GCGCUUCCUGGUCACAUGACUCAACCAGACUGUCAGAAACAACUGAGAGCUGCUCGUUGAGACCAUGAAGUUGAUCAUCCUGAAUGACUAUGACCAGGCGAGCGAAUGGGCUGCAAAGUACAUAAGAAACAGAAUUUUACAGUUUCAACCUGGACCCAAUAAAUAUUUCACAUUAGGACUCCCCACAGGAAGCACCCCUUUAGGUUGUUACAAGAAGCUGAUUGAAUACCAUAAAAAUGGAGAACUUUCAUUCCAGUAUGUGAAGACGUUCAACAUGGAUGAGUAUGUAGGGCUCCCCAGAAAUCACCCUGAGAGCUACCACUCCUUCAUGUGGAGUAACUUCUUCAGGCACAUAGACAUACGAGCAGAGAACACCCACAUCCUCGAUGGAAACGCCGCCGAUCUUCAAGCAGAGUGCGACGCCUUUGAGGAGAAGAUAAAAGCUGCUGGAGGGAUCCAGCUGUUUGUCGGAGGUAUUGGACCAGAUGGCCACAUUGCCUUUAAUGAGCCUGGUUCUAGCUUGGUCUCCAGAACCAGAGUGAAGACUCUCGCAAAGGACACUAUCAUGGCCAACGCUCGCUUCUUCGAUGGAGAUCUCUCAAAAGUGCCCACCAUGGCUCUGACUGUUGGAGUGGGCACGGUCAUGGAUGCAAAAGAGGUCGUGAUUCUGAUCACAGGAGCACACAAAUCAUUUGCUUUGUACAAAGCCAUAGAGGAAGGUGUGAAUCACAUGUGGACGGUGUCUGCAUUCCAGCAGCAUCCACAAACUGUUUUUGUUUGUGACGAAGACGCCACCCUGGAGCUGCGAGUCAAGACUGUGAAGUAUUUUAAAGGGAUGAUGCACGUGCACAACAGGCUGGUGGAGCCCUUUCACUCAGAGCCCAAAAACAACUGAGGACCUCUCUCUUGCACAUCAU